AUGGACUACCAGGGAAGCCAUUUCUGCAGCAAGCAAUUUGAACACCUUCUGACUAAAUAUGGAGUAAAGCACAAGAUUGCUACAGCAUACCACUCCCAGACCAGUGGGCAAGUUGAAGUGUCCAAUAGAGAAAUCAAAAGGAUCUUGGAGAAGGUGGUAAAUCCUUCGAGGAAGGACUGGUCAUUCAGAUUGGAUGACUCAUUAUGGGCAUAUAGGACUGCCUAUAAAACAACAUUAGGUGCAUCCCCAUACAAAAUUGUCGUUGAGUUAGAACAUAAGGCAUACUGGGAUAUAUCAAAGCUGAAUUUGGAUGAACAAGCAGCUGGACAGAAAAGAAUGCUACAGCUAAAUGAACUGGAAGAAUUCAGAAUGAAUGCAUAUGAAAAUGCCAAACUUUACAAGGAAAAUAUGAAGAAAUGGCAUGAUAACAAGAUCCUUCCAAGGGUAUUUGAGCAAGGUCAGCAAGUCCUUCUAUUUAACUCAAGGCUCAAGCUCUUUCCAGGCAAGCUUAAAUCAAGGUGGACAGGACCUUUUAAGGUUGCACAUGUGUAUCCCCAUGGAGCUAUUGAAUUUACGAAUGAAAAAGAUGGGAGCACGUUUAAGGUUAAUGGACAAAGGCUGAAGCACUAUUGGGGAGAUCAAAAUGUCAAGGAGACAACUAUUAUCUCCUUGACUGAGCCGAGUUGA